AUGCAGCGGUUGGAAGAAGCCUGCGCCAGAGGUUCUCGGUUUAACAGCGAUAAGAGAUGCCUUCCAGGGACCCGUCGGAAAAUUCUUCAGAUUAUAGCCGACUGGAUCAACGAUCCGCUCGACGCUCGUCGCGUGUUCCUGCUCUAUGGGCCGGCGGGGUCGGGUAAGUCGGCGAUCGCUCAUACCAUAGCAGCUAUAUUCUACGACAUGCUUCGCUUGGGAUCCUCGUAUUGCUUUGACAGGUCCAACGUCGAACUUACUCACGCUACUCCCGUUUUCCCUACUAUCGCCCGCGACCUAUCCGAGCGUGAGCCUCAGAUCCGAUUCCAACUUUCGCGUGUCAUUGCCCAGGACUCCGCCCUCGCCACAUCGAACGAUCUUCGCACACAAUUCCGGCGCUUCAUCGUGGAGCCUGCAUCGCAGCUCGCUAUCUCUGGGCCGAUCGUCAUCGUCAUCGACGCCCUUGACGAAUGUGAC